AUGAUUGAGGAAGAUAUUCAGGCUAGCAGUUCGGUUUUAGAUUUGUGCAAAUGGUUACCUGCUAAAGUCAACAUACAUGCAUGGAGAUUAGAGAUGGAUAGAGUACCCACAACUGACGCUCUUAAGAGAAGAAAUGUCAUCGUUGGAGACUCUCGGUGCAUCCUAUGCAACUUUGAAGAGGAAACAGCCGAACAUAUGUUUACAGCUUGUUAUAUCGCUUCGAACGUGUGGCAGGGUAUAAGUUCUUGGUGUAAAAUUCCGAGUAUUUAUGCUUUCUCGAUAAAAGACCUCUUCUCCUUCCACAAAAACCUCAGGGUUUCGGACAAGAAGAACGAAGCGGUGCAAGGUAUUAUAAUGAUCGCGUGUUGGAGUUUGUGGCGUGCCAGGAAUAACGCAAAAUUUUCUAAUAUAUCGGUUAGAAUAGAAAAUGUAGUUAGUGAGAUAAAGGCUAUGGGUUUUCUUUGGUUUUUCAAUAGAUUUAAAAAUGCAGGGAUUGAGUGGAGGGAGUGGUGCUCCUUUGUAGAUAUGUAA